ACUCUCCCUCUCAAAACUCUUGGGAAUCUGCAGCGAGAUUACUCUUGUGAAAGACUUGGCUGUUAUAGUAACUGGCACUCAGCUGGAUCUAACCUAGCAUGAAACCACCUGUGCUCCCAUAGGGCAACAAUCGAGCUCUCAGCGCCUUUGGCAUCGCCUAGAGCGAGGGGAAUUGGAACCCAAUGGUAACACGAACCCCUCUACUUCAGGUGGCUAUUGCAUAGGGCAAAAGUGCCAACUCAGAUCCCCGGCCUCUGGUGGUACUCCGUAUAUGCGUAGCACCGUUGCACGUGUGACAAACCUAAGCGUUGGUGUGAGUUUAGAGAAGGAUCUCGCGCACUCUUGGAGCAUAGCAUUGUAUGCUAUCAGAGUAUAGAGCCCAGAUCACUCCACCGGGUGGCUCACAAUAGCAUUUAAGGCAUUGUCUUGACAGUUCAAGCGAUGACAGAUGAAACGUGCAUUCAAGCAACGACCGUUUCAGGAGGUGGGGAUCGGCCUAGCCUACCUAGCAUGUGACAUUGACAGUGACCUCAAGUUUCCAUGUCAGAUAAGAGGAGGGGAGUACCGACGUUGUACCACCCUGGAAACAUGCAGUACCUUGAUGUUCUGCUCAUCGAGAUUUGCUUUCUUUCGAUCGGUAAACUGUGGAUUAGGAUUGACACCCAGGCUUCAGUGCCCGCCUUAUUCGAGGGGAGAUCCUGGAAGCAGGACAACAGUGCACGCGAGACUUCCCGAUGCCGAACACAGUUAUCAGCAUACGUAUAGUGGUACUAAUGCAAAGUUGAUAGCCGAGCUUAUUAUGGUUCGUGGACGCCGCUCCCGCCAUGUUCCACGGGAGCAGGACCGGAAAUGGGUACCCUCCUCCGAAUCAUCGAUUGAAGGGACUGAGAGAAAGGGGGAAAUUGUGCACGAUGACAUGGCUUUCCCUUCUCCCGGCGAAUGAUGAUAGGGUGUUGCGAAGCUCGGCGGCACUAGAGGCUAGCUCAGGUUCUAGGCGAGAUGGCGAAGAAAUUGUCCCUGGCAUCAAGUGCUGACACAAGAGAGAUUGCCACUGGCCCUGUUGACAAUGCGAUCGUUUCCAUAUUGUCCUACUCGGAAAGAAGAGGAGGGUGAAACAAGUGUGACUGCAUCUGAGAUCCUCAGAUGCGAUCCUCUUGUUGGAUCGGCAGGCUCAAAUUAAUUGUGGAGUGGUGCUGCCGGCAAGGACUUCAGAAGAGGGGCACGUUGAGACGGUUGGAGACCGUUCGGCAAUCGCCCGUCACGAGUCAUGGUGGUUUGAUUAGUCAAAGUAGCCCGCUCACCCACACAGGAGAAUACAGUCCCAAAUCA